AUGGCGUUGCUUGCAAAGCAAGAAUGGAAGCUUAUCUCAUCCCCGGAUUCUCUUUUGGCGCAGAUUAUUAAGGAGAAGUAUUAUCCUAAUGGGACCUUCAUGGAGGCACAAGUCGGGUACCGGCCGUCUUUUGCUUGGCAAAGCAUCCUUGGGGCUAAACACAUUGUGGAAAAUGGGGAGCUAGACCCUGAUUUUCGGGUAGAGAUUCUAAUUGACUCUGAUACGGGUUGGUGGAACCUGGACCUCAUUCACAGCUUGUUUGAUCUGGAGGAUACGGCUCGAAUUGGUAGUAGGCUAGUCCAAGAAAAAGGUGAAAGCUCGGGUGAGAAUGGAGGUGGGGAGGUUUGGAAAGCAAUCUGGUCUAUGAAGCUUCCCCAGUGCUCAAGUCUUUUUGCUGGAAGAAGAAGAUUGUCCUUAGCCCGUUGUGUCCCAUAUGUUGCCGUGGACCAAAAACCUCUUUUCAUUGCCUCUGGAGAUGCCCCUCAGCUAAAGCGGUAUGGCAAGAAGGCUCCAAAAAAAAUUCAAAAGCUUAAUUGUGAUAUUGUUGACGGAAAGGGUAUGAUCACUUUCUUGUUUGAAAAGUUGGACUCUAAAGGUUUAUUGGAAGCUCUUACAGUGGCAAGACUGAUAUGGCAUAGAAGAAAUGAUUAUGUUUUUGGAAGGGGUUUCAACUCACCUAAUAAGGUGAUUGUUGCAGUGAGGAUCACUCUUGAGAGCUUCUCCCUCGCGAACAGUGUCUUUGGGAGGCUUAUAGAGGUACCUGGUCUGGUUUCUUCCAGGUGGUGCAAACCUCCCGUGGGCAAAUGGAAGAUUGUUAGAGAGUUAUCAGGAGAUAACUCUGUCAAAGAUAUUUUGAAUUCAAAUGCUACCUCGACUUCUACAAACCAAGAUAAAGAUAGGAUUAGUUAA